AUGGGCGACUUUUCUGUCCAAUAUGAUCUCACAGGGUUAUCCACUCAAAAUACAGGUGGAAAGGUUUCGAAAAUUCGCUUCGAUAAUACAAAACAAGAAUUUGAAAGUAAUGAAGUAUUAUUUGCUACAGGCUCUUGGGAUACACCAAAGGAAAAUACAUUACUAUUAUGGAAUGUUGAACAAAGUUCUUUUGGUUUGAGCGAACAAGCAAACUUCAAAUUUUCACUGCUUGGUAAAACAACUCAUGAAGGGGACGUUACCGACCUGAAAUUUAUUGGCGAUAAUCUCAUACUAUCAUCGUCAUCGAAUGGAUCAUUAAACGCCUUUCAAUUGAUAAAUACGAAUACGUCCGAUAUGAUGGAUUUUUCCGCUGAUUCAACAUUACAAAGGGUCAUGAGUCGGCAGUUGCAUAGCUUUUCUGACAUUAGAAAUGCAUCACUUAAUAGCUUUGCGAUUAAACCAUACAGCAUCAAUGAUCCUCUAGUGGCAACCGUUGGAGAGGAUGGAAAAAUCGUGAUUGUGAGAAUUGAAGACUCAAUAAAAGAUCACGUUAUAGAAAAGGCUGAUGCCUCUUCAAUCAAAGCAAUUUUGUGGCCCAGAUCGAAUGAGAUUAUCAUAGCCAAUGGAUGUGGGCAAUUGAGAUUAUUUGAUCCGAGAGAAAGCAAACUUACAACAAUAUGCUAUGAUCCCAAUAACGUUAGAAUUCCAAUUAACUGUUUAACGUUUCAUCCUUCAAAGAUACAUAAAGUUGCAUCGGGAAACAACAAAGGUGGCGUGACAAUAUGGGACACGAGGAAAUUGUCGGAACCGGAAAAGCACGCCCAGCCACAUAAGUCUAGAGUGUGGGAUUUGUUUUAUCAUCCAUAUUAUCAUGAAUUAUUGUUCAGCUGUUCAGAAGACGGAACGAUUGGUGCCAUUAAUUUCGCAGAUUCGGUACCCAUAAGGAAAAUCGGUUUCAGGUCCAAUGAGCUUCCCAUAAACUCCCUUGAUUAUCAUCCACAUUCGAAAUUAUUGAUUGGUGGAGGUGAUAAUGAAAAUUUACUUUAUACUCUUAUAUAA